CGUCUUUCGCCUCCACCUGGUUUACUCGGCCGAUCCAGUUCAGAAGAUACGACAUGGCUGACCCCAAGAAACAGGAGAAAGAUUUCACAAAGGAGGUCGACGCCAUCGUCCCAGAGGCCCAGAGCAUCGCCAAGGCCGGCCAGCUGCAGGAGGCAGUCGACAAGCUCUUGGUGCUCGAGAAACAGACACGAAACGCCUCUGACCUCGCUUCGACAACCCGGCUCGUGAAAGAGAUCAGCCAGCUGUGCUACGACGCCCGUGACAACGGCAAGCUGAACGCAAACAUACAGCUGCUGAGCAAGAAGCAUGGGCAGCUCAAGGCUGCGAUACAGGCCAUGGUCGAGCAGGCCAUGGACUGGCUCGAGGAGAUCAAGCAAAGGGACGGCACGGAGAGGUGGCUCGAGCUCAUCGACACUCUGCGGUCGGUGACAGAGGGCAAGAUUUUCCUCGAGACACCGCGAGCACGCGUCACCCUCCUCCUCGCCCACCACCACGAGUCGCUCGCCAACUCACCGACACCUACCUCGCCACCGCGGAAGGAGAGCACACAGACGGCCUCAGACCUGCUGUCUGAGCUCCAGGUGGAGACGUACUCGUCCAUGGAGCGCCGCGAGAAGACCGAGUUCAUCCUCGAGCAGAUGCGCCUCCUCAUCCUGGUCGCAAAGGAGAAGGACAAGGAGAAGGGCGUCGAGGGCCAGAAGGAUGCUGUCGUCGGCGGUGAGGCAGACUGGGUCAAGGUCCGCGUCGGUGGCAGGAAAGUCAGCGAGAAGUUCCUUGAGGAGAAAGAGAACGAGGACCUCAAACUCAAGUACUACGACCUCAUGAUCCAGUAUGACCUCCAACAUAGCGAAUACCUCCCCGCGGCGAAGCACUACUACAAGGUCUGGGAGACGCCUUCCAUCAAGGCAGAGGAGAAUGGCCGUGGUCGCCAAGCACUCGAACACAUCAUCUAUUACGUCGUUCUUGCGCCGCACGACAACGAACAGUCUGACAUGCUCAAUCGCCUGUACAAGAACCCAGCGCUGGAGAGGCUUGCCCUGCAGUGUGCCCUUUCAAAGUGCUUCGUGACACCAGAGAUCAUGCGAUGGCCUCACAUGGAGGCGCUCUAUGGCCCCCACCUGCGGGAUACAGACGUCUUCAAGGACGACAAGCGCUGGGAGGAUCUGCAUACCCGCAUUAUCGAGCAUAAUAUCCGCACCAUCGCCCAAUACUACACUCGCAUCAAACUGCCUCACCUCACCACCCUGCUCGACCUGACAUUACCGCAGACAGAAGAGACCCUUUGCCGUCUGGUCGUGUCAGGGACAGUCUGGGCGCGGAUCGACCGGCCGGCCGGCAUCGUCAGCUUCCGGCAAGCGAGGACGGCAGAAGACGUGAUGAACGACUGGAGUUCGGACAUGUCAAAAUUGUUGAACCUCGUCGAGAAGACAUGGAUGGGUGUGAACGCUGCUCAAGCUGCGCAGGCCCGAGCGAAGGCAGUGGCGGCUGCAUCAUCGUAAGGGAUGAAUCUUCGUUGUCCCGCAUGUAGAGUAUUCUUGCUAUGGAUUGAUUUCCCAUUGCUACUAUGGACCUGCAAGCAAGUUGUGGUCGAUACCAUUAAGAGCGUCCGCGGUAGGUGUCUAAGUUUUUGGGUAAAUGGAUACCUUGGUCGUCGACGUGUACUCUUCGCUACCGUGUCAAGACGCCGAGGAAGUCCAGCUUCGCUAGCCGCUUCUUGUCCAGCUCUUCCUCCGUGACGGGUGCCCGGCCACCCGGGGACACCGACAGCUGGUGUCUCGACAAGACCUCCGGGUGUAAUGGCAGACUUGGUUUCGAGAGCGGGCGAGUACGUCGGCCGGAUGCCUUCCCGCCAGAGCCGCACAUACCCAUGGCCGCGCGUCCACUCUCGCGGCACGCCGCCCGUCUUCUCGAUGAUCAUGCGCCAGCGUUUCCGCGCGAUCGUCUCCGCAAUGUCCUGCUCCUUCGUCAUCUUCCACGUCUCGAACAGCUUCUCCUCCUUCGCGAACGUCUGCUGGACCAGCGAAGGCCCGAACUGCAUCCCGUACUGCUCGGCCUCGAGCAAAGCGAUGUGGCUCGUGACAGAGUACUCGGAGCGGAGGGCGCGGAACUGCGUGACCGCGGCGCCAUACGCUUGGUUCAACGAGUAGCUGUGGUGCUCGUGCAGAUUCACGGCGAAUUUUACGGCGUCUUCGGGCGUCGGGUUCCUUCCACGCUGGCUGAGACGCGUCCACGCCUCGCCCUGUAUCGGGUGUUCAAGAUCAACCCCUCCGUCCUCCACGAUCGACUUCGGGCGGUAGGCCUCGAACGGGUGGUCCUCGAAGAACUGCUUGCGGAGCUCGUCCUCGAUGUACGCGACCUGCAUCGGCUUCGGGUCGAACGGGCGCGGGCGUCGCGGCGGGACCGCGCGGGCGGCGGACUGCUGGUGCGUCGGCAGGUCAAAGUCGCUGCGCGGCGCGGAGCCGCGCGCGGGCACCGGCAGCGGUGGGUUGUCGAGCACGGCCUGGAACCAUUUCGGCUCCUGCUUGAUGAACCGCGCGAAGAGCAGCCGCGACGCCUGCUUGUGGACCUGGUUGGCAAACCGCCUGGGCAUCGCG